AUGUCAGAUGGACUUCCGUGGCCCUCAUCGACGGUGAGUGCUCUCCAAAGAAUCCCUUUUCGGGAGCGCCUGAAGAACUUUUACUUCUUGAUUUUUAGCGCUAAAACGAACCGAUGUAUCCUUGCCACAUCUAUUGUGCUGUUGCUAAUCAGCGUGGUGAGGAGUAGCUGCGUAACGACCCUUUGGUACCAUACAGCUGAAGCAAUCGUAACGUUGCUUUUCGUCUGCGAAGUCACUAUUCGUCUCAUGGUGAUGCGAGGUAACUUUUGGGAUUCUUCGUACAAUGUAGCGGAGGCGCUGUCUUGUGUGGUUUGUAUUACUAUUUUUUUCGUUCUCCACUACACACGUCAGAUGAGCUCUUCAGUGGAACAUCAGUUUCUUAUCGCACUGCGCUAUUUGGGCCAGGUGCUGCGAUUGGCGGGGUUAGUUGCGGUGGACACUGUACUCUUGGGAAGUGGUGAGGCUACCCUUCAUCUUUCUUUUGUCGGCACCCGGCCAUGUGUGGUCAGUGGGAGAGAAAACCUGUGUGAUGUACUGUGA